AUGGAUAAGCCCAGUACUACCAUUUCAGACUUGAAGAAGAAAAGGAGGAUGAAUGCUUUAAUUUCCCCCACUCUCCAUGAGAUUAAGUUUAAUGAAUUUGUCCUUUUCAUCUUGGAGAAGAAAAUGGGAACAACACGGAGGGCAUUCCUGAUGGAGCUGGCAAGAAGGAAAGGCUUCAGGGUUGAAAGCGAGUUAAGUGAUUCUGUCACUCAUAUCGUGGCAGAAAACAAUUCCUGCUCAGAUGUUUUGGAAUGGCUAGCAGGACAAAAUGUAGGGGACAGCUCUCGGUUCGAACUCCUUGAUAUUUCCUGGCUAACAGAAUGCAUGAAAGUGGGAAAACCUGUGGAAGCAAUUGGAAAGCAUCAACUGAUGAGAAGAAACUGUUUAACCAACUCAGCCCCCAGCGACUGUAUAACAGAGACUCCACCGCUUGCUACUAAGGAAGUCUCCCAGUAUGCUUGUAAGAGAAGAACAACUUUAAACAACUGUAACCAAAAAUUUACGGAUGCCUUUGAAAUACUGGCCAAAAACUUUGAAUUUAGAGAAAAUGAGGGAAUCUGCCUGGCAUUUAUGAGAGCCAUUUCGGUGCUGAAAUGCCUUCCAUUCACUAUUGUCAGAAUGAGAGAUAUAGAAGGGGUGCCGUGGCUGGGAGAGCAGGUGAAAAGUAUCAUUGAGGAGAUUAUUGAAGAUGGAGAAAGUUCCAGAGUUAAAGCUGUGUUAAAUGAUGAACGAUAUAAAUCAUUCCUACUGUUCACUUCCAUCUUCGGAGUGGGAUUGAAGACAUCUGAGAAAUGGUAUCGACAGGGCUUCCGGACUCUGGAUGAGGUCAAAGCGGACAAAAGCCUGAAGCUUACCAAAAUGCAGAAAGCAGGAUUCCUUUACCAUGAAGAUCUUGUUAGCUGUGUGGCAAAGGAAGAAGCAGAUGCAGUCUACCUGAUAGUUAAAGAGGCAGUUCGGGCAUUCUUGCCAGAAGCUUUGGUGACCUUAACCGGAGGUUUUAGGAGGGGUAAGAAAAUUGGACACGAUGUGGAUUUCUUGAUUUCCGAUCCAGAAUCAGGAGAAGAUGAACAACUUUUACCCAAUGUCAUUAAAUUAUGGGAAAAACAGGAACUACUCUUAUACUAUGACCUUGUAGAGUCAACAUUUGAAAAAACCAAAUUACCAAGUAGAAAAGUUGAUGCUAUGGAUCACUUUCAGAAAUGCUUUCUCAUUUUAAAAUUGCAUCAUCAAAAAGUGGACAGCAACAGAUCUAAACCUCCUCCAGAAUCCAAGACCCAUGAAGCAAAAAACUGGAAGGCAAUCCGUGUGGAUCUGGUCAUGUGCCCAAUACAGCAAUACGCUUAUGCUCUGUUAGGCUGGACUGGCUCCAGGCAGUUUGAACGUGACUUACGGAGGUAUGCCACCCAUGAGAAGAAGAUGAUGCUGGAUAAUCAUGCCUUAUAUGACAAAACUAAGAAGAUUUUUCUCAAAGCUGAAAGUGAAGAAGAUAUUUUUACACAUCUGGGAUUGGAUUAUAUUGAACCAUGGGAAAGAAAUGCAUAG